CUCGGCGGGGCAGGGGGCAGCGGCGCAGCCCUGGCGGCCGAGCGGGGCCGGCCGCUGCCGUUGGCGGCCAUGGCGGCGGGAGGGCAGAGCUGAGGGCGGGGGGCAGCGACGGGAACAGGCCCCGGCGGGAGCCAUGAGCCAGGGAGGGACCGGCAGCGAGAGCGGGGAGCCCGAGGCCAAAGUGCUGCACACCAAGAGGCUGUACCGGGCUGUGGUGGAGGCCGUGCAUCGCCUGGAUCUCAUCCUCGGCAACAAGGCAGCGUAUCAGGAGGUGUUCAAACCUGAGAACAUCAGCCUGAGGAACAAGCUGCGGGAGCUGUGUGUGAAGCUGAUGUUUCUGCAUCCCGUGGAUUAUGGCAGAAAAGCAGAAGAGCUGCUCUGGAGGAAGGUUUACUAUGAAGUCAUCCAACUCAUCAAGACGAAUAAGAAGCACAUCCACAGCCGCAGCGCUCUGGAGUGCGCCUACCGCACUCACCUGGUGGCCGGCAUCGGCUUCUACCAGCACCUGCUGCUCUACAUCCAGUCCCACUACCAGCUGGAGCUGCAGUGCUGCAUCGACUGGACGCACGUGACGGACCCGCUCAUGGGCUGCAAGAAACCCGUGUCUGCAUCGGAGAAGGAGAUGGAGUGGGCGCAGAUGGCGUGUCACCGCUGCCUGGUUUACCUCGGGGAUCUGGCACGCUACCAGAACGAGCUGGCAGGUGUGGACACGGAGCUGCUGGCCGAGCGCUUCUACUACCAGGCGCUGUCUGUGGCACCGCAGAUCGGAAUGCCCUUCAAUCAGCUGGGGACGCUGGCUGGGAGCAAGUACUACAACGUGGAGGCCACGUACUGUUACUUACGCUGCAUUCAGUCUGAAGUGUCUUUUGAAGGCGCCUCCGGGAACCUGAAGCGGCUGUACGACAAAGCAGCCAAAAUGUACCAGCAGCUGAAGAAGUGUGAGAGCAGGAAGCUGUCCCCCAGCAGGAAGCGCUGCAAAGACAUUAAGAGGCUGCUGGUGAGCUUCAUGUACCUGCAGAGCCUUCUGCAGCCCAAGAGCAGCUCUCUGGAUUCUGAGCUGACGUCGCUGUGCCAGUCGGUGCUGGAGGAUUUCAACCUGUGCUUGUUCUACCUGCCUUCCCCUCCCAACCUGAGCUCGGCAACUGAGGAUGAGGAGGAGUAUGAGAGCGGCUACUCCUUCCUCCCCGACCUGCUCAUCUUCCGCAUGGUGAUCAUCUGCUUCAUGAGCGUGCACAGCCUCCGGCGCGCAGGUUCCAAGCAGUACAGCGCAGCCAUUGCUUUCACGCUGGCCCUGUUCUCUCACCUCAUCAACCACGUCAACAUUCGGCUGCAGGCGGAGCUGGAGGAAGGGGAGAACCCAGUGCCGGCGUUCCGCAGCGAUGGCACAGAUGAGCCGGAGCCGCGGGAGCCCCUGAGCUCCAUGGAGAAGGAAGGGGAGGCUGAGCUGCCCAACCACCACCCCCGGGAGGAGGAACGGAAACACGACUGCAAGAAAAGCAAGAAAUACUCUCGACUUUCCUGCCUGCGCCGCCGCCGGCACCCGCAGAAAGCGGAUGAGAGCGACCUGAGCGAGGGCUUCGACUCCGACUCCAGCCAGGGCUCCACCAAAGGCAGCGACGGCUCUGACAGCGGCUCCGAGAAGAGCGACGAGGAAGCGGAGGCAGCUUUCGACGUGGAGACGGACUCGGACAUGAACAGCCAGGAGUCGCGCUCCGACCUGGAGGACAUGGAGGACGAGCCGGGCAAGGAGGGCAGCGAGCGGGGCCGGAACGGGGCCAGGGAGGGCCUGAAGAACGGCGUGGAUGGCAGCGGGUCGGGGGAGUGCAAGAACACGAGCGGCUCUAAAACAGAGAGUGCAGAUCCAGCCGUGAACGGACCCACGUCCCUGAGCGCCAGCGACGCCAGCAUCGCCAGCAACCUGCAGGCCAUGUCCACGCAGCUCUUCCAGACCAAGCGCUGCUUCCGCUUGGCCCCCACCUUCAGCAACAUCCUCCUGCAGCCCAGCACGGAGCCGCCCGCCUUGAAGGGCAGCCUGGACAAUAAGCCCUGCAUCAACGGCGAUGUGGAGAAGCCCGGCCUGGCAGAGCAAGACAACGUGUCCGACUCCGAGGAGAGUGUGUUGAGCACCAAGUCGUGCAGGAACGAGCGUUCCCUGCAGGAGAAGCUGGAGAUCGUGAGCAACGAGGGGCUGCUGCUCACUGUCAAGGUGUUCCUGGACUGGCUGAGGACGAACACAGACUUCAUCAUCAUGUGUGCUCAGAGCUCCCAGAGCCUCUGGAACAGGCUGUCUGUGCUCCUCAACCUGCUGCCUUCUGCUGCCGACCUGCAGGAGUCGGGGCUGGAGCUGUGUAAGGAGGUGAGGGAGGUGCUGAGCGGUGCGGAGCUGCCAGAGCUGCGUGUCAACCUGCUGCUGCCCGAGGACGUGGCCCUGCGGAACCUGCCCCCAUUGAGGAGCGCACACAGGAGGCUGAACUUCGAGCAGGACCGUCCCAUCUUCUCUGCAGUGGAGGAGUCAAUCGUUCGGAUCUGCUGCAUCCGGAGCUUCGGGCACUUUGUCACCCGGCUGCAGGGCAGCAUCCUGCAGUUCAACCCGGAGCUGGGGAUCUUCAUCAGCAUCGCGCAGUCGGAGCGGGACAGCGUGGUGCAGCAGGCCCAGGCCCAGUUCCACAUGGCUGCAGAGGAGGCUCGUCGGAACCGGCUGAUGAGGGACAUGGCUCAGCUCCGCCUGCAGCUGGAGGUGUCGCAGCUGGAGGGCAGCCUGCAGCAGCCCAAGGCACAGUCCGCCAUGUCUCCGUACCUGGUGCUGGACGCGCAGGCGCUUUGCCAGCACCUGGCCGUGGUGAAGCAGCUGGCAGCCAGCGGGAGGUUCAUCAUCAUCAUCCCCAGGGCAGUGAUCGACAGCUUGGACUUCCUGAAGAAGGAGAACGCCGGCGCCAGGGACGGCAUCCGAUACCUGGAGGCAGAGUUUAAAAAGGGAAACCGGUACAUUCGAUGCCAGAGAGACGUCGGGAAGAGCUUUGAGAGGCACAAACUGAAGAGACAAGACCUGGACGCGUGGAACCUCUACAAGAUCCUGGACAGCUGCAAGCAGCUGACGGUGUCCCAGAGCAGCGGGGAUGACGACACCACGGGGAUGGUCACCAUCAUCACGGGCUUCCAGCUGGAGGACCCCCGCGCGCUCUCAGCUCCCAUGCAGGCUGCCAUCCAAGCGGCCGCCGGCGCCAGCGUGGAGGUGAAGAACAUCCUGGAGUUCUACAAGCAGUGGAAGGAGAUGGGCUGAUGUUCAGCGGGGCGUCAGCGUUCAGCCCCGGAGCGCAGAGCGGAGCUGCCGGAGGGGAUGGAGAGCAGCGCAGGAUCGGCCGCCGCGUCGGCUCCCCACGCCGGGAUGGAUGGAUGGGAGCAGCGGGUGCCUGCGGAAGGAUCCGCCGCCUCGUCUCCUUUUUCCUUUUUCGUUUGUUUUUUUCCUUUUUUUUCCCCUCUUUUUGUUGUGGCUGAAAUCCUCACCGUGAGGUUUGCUGGGGGGGCUGAGGAUCCCGGAGCCGUCCUCGGUUCUGCUGUGAGACCCCACUGCUGGGGGGGGGCAGCUCAGCCCCUCCUCACAGCCCGGCGGGGACUGAACCCAGAGCUCAGAGAGAGGCUGGGGGGGGUUGGGUGGGGGGCUCUGCUGUGUGCGGCGCUGGGAGAGCAGCGCCCAUAGGAGGCGGCUGGGAGCCCCCGAAGGCCCAUCCCCAUUGAAGGACCCCCGAGCUCCGGCACAGAACGUCUCCAUGAGGGACCCCGCAGCUCCGGGAGCUCGUCCUGCACCGGAGGGACCUCGUGCAGCCCCAGGACGAGCAGCUCCAUGUGGGAAGGUCCCUCUGCGGCCCAAGAGGAGAAUCUCAGUGAUCUCUGCACCUUGAAGGACCUGCCCCGAUCCCCCAUGAAGGACCCUGCACAGCUCCGGAGGGUCCCUGGAGCUCCGUCCUGCCCACACCUGGAGCCCAGCACUGCGACCCACUGCAGCGUCCUGCACAGGAGCCCAGCACUGCAUCCAGCUGCAGCAUCCUGCACAGGAACCCAGCACUGCAUCCAGCUGCAGCGUCCUGCACAGGAGCCCAGCACUGCAUCCAGCUGCAGCGUCCUGCACAGGAGCCCAGCACUGCAUCCAGCUGCAGCGUCCUGCACAGGAGCUGCUCUGCGCCGUGUGAACCGCAGCAGCCGUGCAACGUCCUGCAGCAGCAACUGGGAGCUGCAGCAUCAGCCAUGAACUGACCUGCAGCAGCCGAUGGAGCUCCCUCCAUGUGGUUACAGCCCCGUUACUGCUCAGCUCCCCCCACCCCCCGUCGCUCGGCAGCGUUUGGGCCGUUCCCCCUUUGCAGGUAAAGCCCCAUCGAGCGGCUCGUUGACGUGGGUGCAGCUGUUGGGGCUCAGCUCGGAGCGGGGGCUCCCUGUGCUUCCCUGUGGGUUCCCUGUGGUUCCCUGUGGUUCCCUGUGGGUUCCCUGUGGGUUCUGUUCCCUUUUGCAGCUGCAGAGCGUUUUGCUUCCCAGAAUGGAGCCCUGUGCUGCUCCGUGCUCCCAGCUGCAGCUCCCAGCUCCGUUGCAUUGCAUUGCACUGUAGGGUCCCGAUUCCCCCCCCGGUGCUGCAUCCCCUGCAGCAGUUUGGGCUCAGACUCGUGCCCUGGCCCCGUCCAUAUUAACUCUGUUGUGCAGACGCGGCUGUUGGGGCGGUGGGUGCUGCCAUGAGCUGCGGGGUCACCCCAAAACGUGGGGAGUGGGGCGAGAAAUGGGGCGGGAGGAGGAAGAGCUGCAAUAGGGCUGCAUUAAGGCUGCAUUAAGGCUGCAAUAAGGGCUGCAUUAAGGCUGCAAGUGCUGCUCGG